AUGGAUUUCAUCUCAGCCCUCACAGCUGUCAUUGCCAAUGGACUGCUUGUUGUUCUAGGCCUCACGGGGAAUGUCUUCAUCAUUAUUUGCAAUUUGUUUUUCAGAAGCAGCGGUGAGAAGCUCCACAUGGGUGACAUGCUGGUGAGCUGCAUUGCAGUGUCCACUGUGGCUUUAGAUGUCUCUCUCUACCUGUCCAUGGUGCUCUUUCUUCUUGGUGGAAUGUGCCCAAACUCCAAUUUGACAAUGCAAAUAAGUACGUUCUUCAUAAUCGUGGCACUUAGUUUGAACAGCUGGCUCAUCACCUGGCUCUGUGUCUAUUACUGUGUGAAGAUUGUCAACCUGAACAAUAGGGUUUUCCUCAGACUCCAGCAGAACAUCUCCACUGUGAUCUGUUGCUGUCUCGCCGGGACUCUGCCAAUAAUCUUCUUACUAGGUUCUUUUCCUUUCAGUGCUGCUGUGGUCAACCACAGUGGGAACUCAACCACGCAAAACAACUCAUGUCCACCUACUGAAACAAUGUCCAAUGACCUGGGACAAGUAACCGUGCCUCUUUUUAUAAUGCAGAAUAUCGUUACUCUUGUUUUGAUGAUGUCCUCUUGCUGUACCAUCGUUGUGUUUUUGUAUGGGCACAUCAGACAGAUGCAGUUGAGCUCUCCUGACAUCUCCGGCUCCAGCCAGGAGAACAUCAUCCGCCUAGCUAAAAAGAUAAUGGUUCUAGCUCUGCUGUACCUGACCUGCACCAUAUAUGGGACGCUUCCUGCAAUUAUACAAGAAAUUAAAUACAACAAAGAAUAUGUCCUUGUUUUGAGUUUGAUGUGCUCUGUAACCUGUUUGGGUGUCACUGCGACUCUAAUAGCUGUGAAUUCCAAGCUCAGGCAAAAAGCUUUGUCUUGUAUGAAUGGGCUAAGAGGAUUAUCGGAUCCCUCAGUGUUCUCAACAAACCUGUGA